UGUUCAACAAGUUAUCAUUCAUUACAAUCUCAACAAGUUGAAGUAAAUCGUUGGAGGACUUUAACAAAGGAUCUGUUAACAGUCGUUAACUUGCCUUGUUAACCAGCAAUGCACAUACUUAUAGACACUGGAAACAUGCCCGAUUCAAGUUGAACAGUUUAAAUAGAUUGUGACCUUAAAUUGUGUUAGUUUUCUUGGAAAAUGGCCUUAAACCGAAUUCCUGGAAAAGUGAAAGAAAUUCUUGGCAGCUUUGAGAGUCAUUCAAUUAUUAAUAAAUCCAUAUUAGGUUUAGUUAAUAAAAAAUGGAAUGAUUAUAUCACAAUUGAUAGCUUCUUGUUUACCUUUCAUUCAAAAAUAACAGUCUUGAUGUUGACCUUUUUCAUGUGUUUCCUCAUGAUGAAACAAUAUUUUGGUGAACCAAUUGAAUGCCUUGAUAUACCUUCAGCAGCUCAAAGUAUAUCAUCCAAACAGAUGACCAACUAUUGUUGGAUGGAAGGUGCCUUUACAAUUGUUACCCGCUAUUCAACAAGUGACUUGAAGAGACUCUAUGAAGUUCCUGGUCAUGAUGUAGCUUAUCCAGGAAUCAAAGCAUAUAAGCCACACCAAGGCGACCUCAAGAUGCCGCAUAAAUACUAUCAAUGGGUUUAUUAUAUUCUAGCAAUUCAGUGUCUUUUGUUUUAUGCACCAAAAGUGAUGUGGAAGUAUCGGGAACGAGGACGCUUGACCGAACUAAUAAAACACUUAAAAAUGAGAAACUCACCUCCACCGGCCGGGUUUAAAGUGGAAAGCCAGCCUCAGUGUUCCUCUUCACCAGGCCCUUCAAGUCAGUCGGAUCAGUUGGAUCAAAGUUCGACCAAUUAUGAUGACAUUAUUAAUGAUGCAGUCGAUACCAUUUUAAUUGCCGACCAAUAUUACAAUGGAAUCAUUGGUGCUGAAGUACUCUGUUUGGUUCAUUUGGUUUGUGAAAUCUGGUUUAUUCAUCUGUUCCUUGGUGGUAAAUUUUUCAUGUUGGGAUUUGAAUGGCUCAAUUAUACCCACAACUCGGAUGAUAUUGCUUUUGACCCUUUGAUACGAAUCUUUCCUCGUCUAACCAAAUGCAGUUUUCACAAGUUUGGUGCUUCAGGUUCACUGGAAACGUAUGAUACUUUGUGCUUUAUGCCAAUGAACAUUGUCAAUGAAAAGAUAUUUGUGAUUCUCUGGUUUUGGUUUCUCAUUUUAACGGUGAUAACUAUCUAUCAUUUAUUUUGUCGACUCUGUUCACACUUCAGUGUCAUGUAUCGUUUAAGAGCAUUGAAAAAGGUCGCUCCUUGUGCCGAUAAAGACAAUGCAACAACAGAUGAGGUUGCCUUUUUCAAAUACAUGGUUAAAGUGUCUCCUGGUCGAGCAUUUGUGUUGCAUAUGAUUGCCAAAAAUUUAAAGCCAAUCUGUUUUCGUCGUCAAAUGGAAUUAGUCAGGAAAAAGCAUUUCGAGAAGGAUAAAGAGUCGAAAAAGUUUCGGUUAUCCUGUAAACGCGAAAUAGGAUUUAUCAGUGAAACUUCUGACUAACCAUAACGAUAAUUAUAAUGAUAAUGAACAAAUCUUUCAAAUCAAAUGUAAAUGUUCAAAAAGCUACAUUUAACAACGGAAUGAUCUCAAACCCUGUCACCUAAAGUCAUUAUACUGAAUCUUUCUUACUCAAGCAGUUUUUAUAAACUUCAAUUCCCUUGAAUAAAUUAUGCAUUAUGUUUUAAAGUAUUAUUAGCUUAAAUGCAAUAUGAAAUAAAAAUCAACUA